CUGCGGCGGCGCCUGUAGUUUGUUGUCACAAAUUAAAGUAGUCAAGUACACCACAUUCGAUUGAUCGAUUCCCACACGCGAGAGUGAGGCCAGCCCCAGCAAAUAGUGCCAGCCAUGGCCACCACCGUGAGCCCUGACCCUGAGGCGGCGCUCGCCGGCGUGAAGGAGCCGAGGGCGCCAAGGUCGCUGCUUGCGCGCGCGCGCGCCAACCUGGCGUUCCAGUCGGUGUGGGCGGAGCUGAACGGCGCCAUGGGCGACCUGGGCACCUACAUCCCCAUCGUGCUGUCGCUGGCGCUGGCGCGCCACCUGGACCUGGGCACCACCCUCGUGUUCACCGGCAUCUACAACGCCGUCACGGGGCUCAUCUACGGCGUGCCGAUGCCCGUGCAGCCGAUGAAGGCGAUCGCCGCCACGGCGCUGUCCGACUCGUCGUUCGGCGUCCCCGAGAUCAUGGCCGCCGGCAUCCUGACCGCCGCCUUCGUCCUCCUCCUCGGCGUGACGCGGCUCAUGCAGCUCGUGUACUGGAUCGUGCCGCUCCCCGUGGUGCGCGGCAUCCAGCUCGCGCAGGGGCUCAACUUCGCCAUGGCGGCGGUCAAGUACAUCCGCUACGAGCAGGACCUCGGCAGGGGCAAGUCCUUGGGCCGCCGCCCCUGGACCGGCCUCGACGGGCUCGUACUGGCCAUCGCGUGCAUCUGCUUCAUCCUCCUCGUCAACGGCGCGGGGUCAGAGAGCGGAAGCAGGAGGGGGAGAAAGAGGAGGAGGGCUAUGGCUAUCCGAGAGCAAGGCGCACAUCCCGAACGCCAAGAAGAAGAGGAGGAGGAGGAGGAAGAGAGGCAAGGUGGUGGUGGGUGGAGGUCUACGGUUAGGCGCGCGGCGGCGGUGGUGCCGUCGGCCGUGAUCGUGUUCGUGCUAGGCGUGGCGUUGGCGGUGGCGCGGCACCCGGCGGCGGUGCGGGAGCUGCGCGCGGGGCCGUCGCGGGUGCGCGUGGUGCGCAUCUCGCGGGAGGCGUGGAAGCAGGGCUUCCUCAAGGGCGCGGUGCCGCAGGUCCCGCUGUCCGUGCUCAACUCCGUGGUGGCCGUGUGCAAGCUGACGCGCGACCUGUUCCCGGAGAAGGAGGCGUCGGCGACGUCGGUGUCGGUGACGAUGGGCGGCAUGAACCUGGUGGGGUGCUGGUUCGGCGCCAUGCCGUGCUGCCACGGGGCCGGCGGGCUGGCGGGGCAGUACAGGUUCGGCGGGCGCAGCGGCGGGUGCGUGGCGGCGCUGGGCGCGCUGAAGCUCGCGCUGGGCCUGGUCCUCGGCGGCUCCAUGCUGCGGGUGCUGGUGGAGUUCCCCGUGGGCCUGCUCGGCGUGCUGCUGCUCUUCGCGGGCGUGGAGCUGGGCGCCGCGGCUAGGGACAUGGCCUCCAAGGCGGAGGCGCUCGUCAUGCUGCUCUGCACCGCCGUGUCGCUCGUGGGCUCCAGCGCCGCGCUGGGAUUCCUCUGCGGCAUGGUCGCCCACGGCCUGCUCAUGCUCAGGGCGUGGGCCAUGGGGGUCAGGCUCACCUAGCUAGGAUCUUGAUCACCAGGACGUCCGUUUGUAAAUUGUGACUUGUGAUUGUCUGCGUGCGUGCGUGUGCAACGGCAUACAUUCCCCAGUCCCCCACUAGUUGACCGGGCCAAAUUUCAGCUUGAGUAAAUAAUGUUAGCAAAACAACUCGUCGGACAACCUUCUUCCA